AUGCCCAAGUAUCCCUUAACAGGCACUGGUACAAAUCUCAGGCUAGAGGCGUGGACUCUUGACAGUGAUGUCAGGCAGCUCAGCUCCAUCUCGUUGGGUCAUGCUCCAGGCGUUCUCUUGCGCCAUCUUCAGCACAAAAAGAAACUAGCGUUGCCUCCAGAAGAAGCAAUGGAAUGCGGGAAGAGGCCAGUUUCUUGGAUCCAAGGCGGAGGUGGACCUAGUCCCAGUUUUCUCGGAGGCCGCGAUAGACUUGUCUUCUCUUCUCUCGGUCCGGCGUUUAUUAGAAUGAGUAAAGAGACAAGUUCCCAAUACCAACGUCACUAA